AUAAUUUUGAACAAGUGUUUUAAAUUUAAAAUACGUGUAUUUGAAUGAGACAUAAGUUUUUUAGCAUAAAAUAAGUCUCAAAUAAAGUCUAAAACUAUUCAAUGGACUCAAAGGAUCCGAUUCUGAUCAGUAAAAUCCGGGACCGGAUCGCCGAGGAGGUGAACGCCCACCCGGAGCUGUACGACCGGUGCGAUGCGGACCGGGUGUCGCGAAAUGACUGGUCUAUCGAGCGGUACCUACAGCUCAACAAAUGCGAUGUCGACCUGUCGUACCAUAUGGUGAGGGAUGCCAUGCGAUGGCGUAAGUCGUAUGGCGUGAACGCCAGGACUGAUCUCGACUUUCCCAUUGAGUUUCACAAAAUCGGGGCUUUCUUUUCGUAUGCCGUCGACCGCAACGGACGGCCUAUUAUUUAUGGGAGGAUUAAGUUAUACAAGAAUUUUCCCAAAUUAGUCGAUGUUAUGAAGGAGUUUAUCAUUCAUAUUAUCAACAGAAUCGAUGAACAGUCACAAGAAUCGGGUUGGGGAAUGGUAUGGGACCUGCGAGGUGCGGGCCCCAGCAAUUGGGACAUAUCGUUCCUGACGUUCAUAAUGGGAAGUCUGAAGAACUAUUACCCCCGAGGAAUGGCAUACCUGUUGUGCUACGGCGUGAAUGCCUUUAUGAGUGGUUUCGUGAAAUUGGGACUCAAUUUGCUAAAUGAAGAGUCGAGGAGUAAAAUACAUAUUUUGAAAACCAAUGAAUUGCAUGAUUAUAUCGCACCCGACAAUGUACCCGAUUUUAUGGGUGGGAAGUGCACCCAAAGCUACACACAUGUACCGGAUGGGGCCCGGGAGGCAACGGUGGUGGGCAUUGAAAGGGGCUUAGAGAUGGCUAAGAGGAAUGGUAAGCCGCCUAACCUCGUAAUGAACCACAAGUCACCUACAUCUCCAACCACACCAACCAUCGCGAGACUUAAAGGUCUGGACUCUACGGGAUCCGCACCGCCCACCCCCUCCCUAAACGUCAACCGUUUGGCGUACAAUGUCUCGCAGUUUAACGAAGACUUUAUACCCAUUCCGACGACAACGGAGGAGAAGAUCCGGAAGUUUAAGCCCGACGUCUCCCGAAACGCGUGGAUCAGGCGUUUGAAAGGACUCCUACCCAUCAGUCUAUGGCUACCGGAGUAUAAAUAUAAGGAGAAUCUGUUAACAGAUAUUAUUGUCGGCAUUACUGUCGCUAUAUUUCAAGUGCCACAAAGUAUGGGCUAUUGUCUGAUAGCACACGUGCCGCCAAUCUAUGGCCUGUACUCAGCCUUCUUCCCGGCCCUCUUCUACACCCUAUUCGGCACAGGAUUUCACUCGGCUUUCGGUCCCUUC